GACAAGGUGUGGAACUCUCACACAAAUCACAGGAGUGCUGGCUCAGUUAAUCAUUUUUGAACUGAGAUUGAUAAGUUUUUACUUUGUUGGCCAAUGACGCAGCAAUGAAAAUCAACAUUGCAAUAAAAGACAGAACUGGAGGAACACAAGAACAUUCGAAGGUUGGUGGGCUAGAGAAGGUUUCAUACAAUGUGAGGAAGGUUCGGAGAUUCAGCUCAGGGCUAACAACCUUGACUGAUCAAAAAGAAAAUUGUUAUGGAAACAGCCAUGAAGAAUAUUUCUACACCUGGGUGCGACAGUAUUCCUAAGGCUCCACCCAGGAUUUGUAUGUCUGACAGUAGAGAAAACCAAGAGGAGGCUACUGGCAUGAUGAAGGAAGCCCAGAAUGCUGCCAAGACCAAGAUUGUUUAGAGAAGAUGGCCAAGGGGAGAGAGAAAUGGAGGACUUCAUUGCUGCUCUAAAAGCCUGCAGGUGUAACAGGUUGUAACUAUAUGGAGUACUUCACCAUGUCUUCAACCCGAGCCUGAGCCUCCAGAGGGUUCCUGUGCUGUGGAAGACGUCCUGCCUCGUCCCUGUACCGAAGGCCUCGCCCCAGUGGCUCCAAUGACUACAGACCGGUGGCAUUGACCUCCCAAAUCAUGAAGACCCUGGAAAGACUUGUUCUAGAGCAGCUCCGGCCUAUGGUUAGGCCACACUUAGACCUCCUCCAGUUCGCCUAGCCCCGACUAGGAGUCGAGGAUGCCAUUGUCUACACCCACCUGGACAAGCCGUUGAGCACUGUGAGGGUCAUGUUUUUUGACUUCUCCAGUGCGUUCAACACCAUCCGCCCUGCUCUGCUGAGUGAGAAGCGGACAGUGAUGCAGGUGGAUGCUUCCCUGGUGUCAUGGAUUAUUGAUUACCUGACUGGCAGACCACAGUACAUGCGCUUGCAGCACUGUGUCAGACAGAGUGGUCAGCAGCACUGGGGCUCCACAGGGGACUGUCCUAUCUCCCUUUCUCUUCACCAUCUACACCUCAGACUUCAACUACAACACAGAGUCUUGCCAUCUUCAGAAGUUUCCUGAUGACUCUGCCAUAGUUGGAUGCAUCAGCAAGGGAGAUGAGGCAGAGUACAGGGCUACGGUGGGAAACUUUGUCACAUGGUGCGAGCAGAAUCAUCUGCAGCUUAAUGUGAAAAAAACUAAGGAGCUGGUGGUGGACAUGAGGAGGGCUAAGGCACCGGUGACCCAUUUCCAUCCAAGGGGUCAGUGUGGACAUGGUGGAGGUUUACAAAUACCUGGGGAUACGAAUUGACAAUAAACUGGACUGGUCAAAGAACACUGAGGCUGUCCACAAGAAGGGUCAGAGCCGUCUCUACUUCCUGAGGAGACUGAGGUCCUUUAACAUCUGCCAGACGAUGCUGAGGAUGUUCUACGAGGCUGUGGUGGCCAGUGCUAUCAUGUUUGCUGUUGUGUGCUGGGGCAGCAGGCUGAGGGUAGCAGACACCAACAGAAUCAACAAACUCAUUCGUAAGGCCAGUGAUGUUGUGGGGGUGGAACUGGACUCUCUGACGGUGGUGUCUGAAAAGAGGAUGCUGUCCAAGUUGCAUGCCAUCUUGGACAAUGUCUCCCAUCCACUCCAUAAUGUACCGGUUAGGCACAGGAAUACAUUCAGCCAGAGACUCAUUCCACCGAGAUGUAACACUGAGCGUCAUAGAAAGUCAUUCCCACCUGUGGCCAUCAAACUUUACAACUCCUCCCUUGGAGUGUCAGACAUCCUGAGCCAAUAGGCUGGUCCUGGACUUAUUUCCACUUGGAAUAAUUUACUUGUUAUUAUUUAAUUAUUUAUGGUUUUAUAUUGCUAUAUUUCUACACUAUUCUUGGUUGGUGCAACUAAAACGAAACCCAAUUUCCCUCAGGAUCAAUAAAGUAUGUCUGUCUGUCUGUGUGCAGUUGUUUAUUGAUUCUAUUGUGUUUCCUUGUACAGUAUCAGAAAAGCUAAAGCAAUUAACUCAAAUAGUAGAACUAUUAUCUAAAGAUAUAAACAUGAACUUAGGACUAGAGGAGUGCAGAACAUUACACAGAAAGAAAGAUGCAGUAGAGCCAAUAGAAUACAAAACAGAGCAGCAGGAUACAAUACAACUGAUAGAUGAAUAUGGAACAUAUAAAUAUCUGGGAUAUCCACAAGCAAAGAAAAUAGAUCAUACUGUGAUAAUGGGAAACCCUUCGACAGAAUUUACUUCAAGGCUUAAGAAAAUCUGCCAAACAGAGCUCAAUUGUAAAAAAAUAACAAAGGCAAUAAACACUUUUGCUAUACCUAUAUUAAUGCAGUCUCUCGUUAAUGUACUAUCUUGGUUCGAAACCGAUUUGGUAAACUUACAAAGAAAAAUAAGAAAUGAAAUGACAAAUUUCCAAAAAUACUAUGUACACUUGAAUGUGCUUAGAUUAACACAACCUAGAGCAGAUGGAGUAAGAGGAAUAACAGACCUUAAAAAUUUACACAAUAGUCAGGUAAAACUUCUAUGGAUAUACUUUCAUCAACAAAAACAGGAUUUAACACUCCAUACAAGCAUAUACAGUUCCAAUAAGAAGUACAUGCCACUAAACUUUAAAGAGAGCACAAUUCAGAAAAAUAAAGAAAUUAUCACUAUUAAAUAAAAAGUUAAUCAAUGGAAGAGCAUGACCCACCAUGGAAGACAUCCCCAUGGUCUGAGCGGACUAGAUGUCGACAAGAAAGUGUCGAAUGCCCAGCUCAGAGUUGAAGAGUUCUUCCCAGAAACAAAAAGGUUCUUUGUAGCAAUGCAGGACCAAAAUUAGCUAAAGAAAUUAGCAAAAAAAAAAUAAAAGACCAACAAAUUCAAGACGAUAAAUGUAGAAAAUGCCAAGAGAAACAGAAACAAUCCAACACAUUACAGGAUUCUGCAGGAAUUUAACUUAGUCUGAUUACUUACACAUACACAGUCAAGUGGCAAACAUCAUUCACCAAAAUCUCGCUUUAGACGACAAACUCAUAAAAGAAACCAUACCUUACUAUAAAUACAAGUCUGAACUAGUUUGUGAGUCAGAGCCCUACAAACUAUUCUAAGACUGAUUCAUUAUUACAGAUAAGGCAAUCCAUAAUAACCAUCAGGACAUAACAAGCAAGAACAAUUUACUUAAUAGAUAUGGCCACCCCAAACUCUGAUAACAUAGAGAAAUCAAUAAGUAAAAAAGCACUAGAAAUAUGCUGAAUUAAGAGUGGAGGUUGAAAGAUUAUGGAACAUGAACAGGGUAUAAAUUGUCCCAAUAAUAAUAUUUACACUGGUAUCAUCCCAAAGUCAUUACUCAAUAGCAUUAAACAAUCUCGGCCUACACAGCAGUAUUUAUGUAAAUCUCCUGAAAGCCACAGUACUAAGCACUACUAGAAUAGUCUGAAAGUUCCUAGCAGUUGAGAAAUGAGUGUGCUUAGUUAUGCCUUGUACCUCAGGUUUUACAGGCUUGAGCUGAGAAAAAAAUAGAACUAGAACAAUAAUAGUAAAUAAGUAAUAGUGAGAACACAAGUUGUAGAGUCCUUAGAUUAUGGAACCAGUUCAGUUUUGAGAUGAGUAAAGUUAUCCACAUUGGUUCAGGAACCACCUGGACCACACCUCUUUCCACCCUGUUAUUUGUAAACGUGCCAUCCCCUUCCCUUAAUUCAUCCAUCUCCGCUGCUCUCAGGAUGAGGCUUUUCAUUCCAGAUCUAAGAAGUCCUUGUUCCUUCACCAUCAACUCUGCCCUCAAUUACAUCUUAUAUUUUGCGCAUGUCUGCCCUCGCCCCAUCCUCCCGCUAACCCACCAGACUUAGGGUUCCUUGUGUCAUCACCUAUCAUCACACCAGCCUCUGCAUCCAGCACAUAGUUCUCUGUAACUUCCACCACCUUCAACGGAAUCCUACCACCAAGAAUCUCUUUCCCUCACCCCUCUUUCUGCUUUCCGCAGGGAUCACUUCCUGCACGACUGCCUUAUCCAAUCAUCCCUCCCCAAUGAUCUCCCUCCUGGCCCUUAUCCUUGCAAGUGGAACAAAUGCUAUAUCUGCCCCUAAACCUCCUCCUUCACUACCAAUAAGGGCCUCAAACAGUCCUUCUAGGUAAGGCAACACUUCACCUGUGAGUCUGUUGGAGUCAGCUACUGUAUAUGCUACUCCCAGUGCUGCCUCCUGUAUAUCAGUGAGACCGUCUUAGAUUGGGAGACUGCUUCACCAACCACCUAUGCUCUGAGCAAGAGAAAAAGCAGGGUCUUCCAGUGACCACUCAUUUUAAUUCCACUUCCCAUUCCCAUUCUGACAUGUCAGUCCAUGGCCUCCUCUAAUGCCAUGAUGAGGUCACACUCAGGCUGGAGGAGAAACAACUUAAAUUCUCUCUGGAUAGCUCCAACUGAUGGCACAAUCAUCGAUUUCUCAAAAUUCCAGUAAUGGCCACCCACCACCACCCUUCAGCAUUCCCCAUUCCCAUCUCCCUAUCGGGGGGGGGCCAGAUGGACCCAAAGGCAGGACGCAGGCACUGAAGUACUAGGGGGAGGACAGGAUGGGGAUGCCAUGGCACUUAAGGGUAGCUGGGGUUCAGGCAGAUAUAGUUCAGGAAGAGCGGAGCGGAGCGGGCUCCCGGAGUUCAGGCAGGCGGAGCGGAGCGGGCUCCCGGAGUUCAGGCAGGCGGAGCAAAGCGGGCUCCCGGAGUUCAGGCAGAGCGGAGCGGAGCGGGCUCCCAGAGUUCAGGCAGGCAGAGCAGAGUGGCUCCCGAAGUUCAGGCAGGCAGAGCAGAGCGGGCUCCCAAAGUUCAAAGUCCAGUAGACAGACUCCCAGGAUUCAGGCAGGCAGGCAGACAGGUCCCCAGGUUCAGGCAGGCAGGUCAUCGGGGUUCAAGCAGGCUGGAAGACUGGUCCCCGAGGUUCAGGCAGGCGGGCAGACCGGUCCCCGAGGUUCAGGCAGGCAGGCAGACCGGUCCCCGAGGUUCAGGCAGGCAGGCAGACCGGUCCCCGAGGUUCAGGCAGGCAGGCAGACCGGUCCCCAGGUUCAGGCAGGCAGGCAGACAGGUCCCCAGGUUCAGGCAGGCAGACAGGUAGAUAGGUCCCCGGGUUCAGGCAGGCAGGCAGAGCAGAGCGGCUCCUGAAGUUCAGGCAGGCAGAGCGGAGCGGGCUCCCAAAGUUUGAGUUCAGGUAGACAGGCUCCCAGGGUUCAGACGGGCGGGCAGACAGACAGGUCUAGGUGGCGAUAGGCUAGUGGAGAGCCCUCCCUGGGCGGGCCGCAUGUAUCCCGGGUAGGGGCGCCUCCCAGGUGGAAACACCGGAGGCCUGGGCACGAUGCGGGCCCCUAGGCGGGUGCAGGCACUAUCCCAGAUUUCGGGCGGAAGAGAAGGAGGGGCGGAACCACCUCCGGGUCGGCCAGAUCCGCCCGACGGAGGCAAGGGAUAGGAACAGGCAGGACCCCCACUGGGCCACGGCAGGUCGGCCAAAUGCACCCGGCAGAGGCAAGGGAUAGGAGCAGGCAGAACCACUGCCGGGCCGAGGCAGGUCGGCCAGACGUGCCCGACAGGGGCAAGGGGUAGGAACGGGCAUAGGUCCAGGUUGACCAACACAACAGCCAUGACAAUGGGAAAUGAGGAAACGGCCGGCAGACAGCACGACCGCACGAAAAACAAAACCAAGCGGAGAAGCAGGACCAGCGCAUGGGAAGAAAGGUGGGGGAGCAGACCAAUCUGGCAGUACUGGUACGGGCAGAGAAGCAUGGUGAAGAAUAGGUCUGAGCCCGGGUGGGAUAACAGAAUGCAGAGAUGAGUUCGGAGCCGGCGGAGAAACGGGAAACAGAACAAAACGACCACCUGUCUGGUCCCAGUCCCAAGGCCCCUUAUAAACACCUGCAGCUCAAUGAGUUACAGGUGUGUCUCCUUGAACCAGGAGGGUCCUAACUAGAUCACGGGUGACGGGAGGGACAACUGCUGGACCCGGAGUCUGGAACCCCCGGACCGGAUCAAAACCCGUUACGCGGUUCCGGAUCGGACCCUGACACUCACUCUCUUACCUUAUCUCCUUACCUGCCCAUCUCCACCCUCUGGUGCUCCACCCCCUUCCCUUUCUUCCAUGGACUUCUGUCCUCUCUUAUCUGAUUUCCCCUUCUCCACCCCUUUAUAUCUUUCACCAAUCAACUUUCCAGUUCCUUACUUUACCCCUCCCCCCUCAGUUUCACCUAUCACCUGCUACCUUGUAUUUCUUCCUCCCCUACCCCUACCUUCUUACCCUGGCUUUUCAUCUUUUUUCUCCAGUCCUGAUGAAGUGUCUCAGCCCAAAAUGUUGACUGUUUACUCUUUUCCAUAGAUGUUGUCUGGCCUGCUGAGUUCCUCCAGCAUUUUGUGUGUGUUGCUUGGAUUUCCAGCAUCUGCAGAUUUUCUCUUUUCUGUGAUUGAGGCUUUCAGUAACUAAGGUUUUGUACUGCAACAUUAUCCAUCUUCUUCUUUUCUCCACUUUCCUUCUUAUCUAAGAAAGGAUGUGCUUACAUUGGAGAGAGUUCAAAGCAGAUUCCUGAAAAUUAUUCUGGGAUCGAAAGACUUGUCAUAUGAGGAACAAUUAUAACUCUGGGCCUCUACUAACUGGAAUUCAGAAGAAUGAGGGAUGACCUCUGUUACGUACUCGUGACACAUGACAGUGGAGCCCUUGUCAUGUGACUGGGGUUGAAGCUGUACUGGACUUGAGGUGAUGGUCUUGUGAUGGUGGUGACGUCAUUUUCCCGCCAGUAGCGAUCAUGUGAUGGAUUUUUUUUACAGGUUAUAAAAGGUAGACCCCACCCUGUGAGGAGGGGCAGUUCGUGGCUGGAUUUGCCAAGUUGACUUCAUGCCACUGCGUGUUUUAAGAAGGAUGAAGUUUUUAUUUAACGCUAAAGUUUAAAAGGUCAUUGCCAGCAGGUUCUUUAUGAUUCUGUUAGUUCGAGGAGAUUAGAGGAGAGUGAAGAUUCAAAGUUGGAAGUUAAAGAUUGAGGAGAAUCGCUUUCUACGGUGAAACGGGGGCGACCUUUGUUUGAUCCUUAUUCGGAAGGAUUUCGUUGACUAUCUUCGUGUUAAUCCCUGGGUUUGACCUAGAAAGGAUUGAAGGUAGUGGAGAAGGAAAGGUCAGUGCCUUUAAGCCGUUCUAUUUCGUGAAUUCUUCGUGGGAAGUUCGACGUCGGGGAUCGAAGCCAAGCGACGUGAAAGAGAAUUCAAAUCGUCUUGUAAAGUCUCUCCUUUUAAAUGGACUGUGAGCAUAUCGAACUUUUGGCAAUACCAAUUUAAAGAACUGUUUUUGCAAUAUCACUUUACGAACUGUUUGAACAGCCGCCCAGCAGCUGUUUCCGGUUACGGUAGUGUUUGUUUACUUUUGGGGGUUUGUUUUCUGUGUUUAAUAAACGUGUUGUUUGUUAUAAGAAACCCUUGCCGAGCUCAUAUAUUUGUUGUUGCCUGAAUACGUAACAUUAAAUAUGGGGGCUGCGUCUGGAUUGAAUCAUUUGAGUUUAAAUGCUUGCUGACUUAUAAAUCGGUGUUUUGGAAACGGGGAUUACUCGGUUCUUUUGUUUGGCUUGUUGUGGUAUUCGGCAGCAAUGAAUAUUGAUGAGUUUCUGGCUUCGCCAGCUGCGGAGGUGUUGGCGAAGGCGAGAAAAACUGAGGUGUUUGAGAUAGCUAGUAGAUUGCGACUUAAAGGUAUUUUGCAGACUACUUCUAAGGCUGUAAUACAGAGGAAAAUCGCGUCACACUGUGGAUUCGGGUGUUUUUGAUGAAUCGAUUUUAGAGUCGUUUCAAAUAAGUAAUCUGGAGAUGCAGUUGCAAAUCGAACAAAUGAAAUUGGAGAGGUGUAAAUUGGAGAUGGAACAAAAGCAGAGAGAAUUUGCAUAUGCAAUGGAGGAAUUAAAGUCUGGGAAUCAGUCUUCUGGUUCUAAAAAAACGUUUGUUGCUAGUCAAGAAAUUAAAUUGGUCCCUCCAUUUAGUGAAACAGAAGUGGAAAGGUAUUUUCAACAUUUUGGAACUAUUGCUCGGAUGUCAGAGUGGCCGAAAGAUAAAUGGUCAGUGUUGUUACAGAGUGUAAUUAAAGGCAAAGCACAACAAGUUUACACAGCUUUAACAGCUGCACAAGCUCUUGAUUAUGAUAUUGUAAAGAGUCAUAUUUUAAACGCAUAUGAGUUAGUCCCAGAAGCAUAUAGGGAAAGAUUCAGAAGUUUGAAAAAGUCUGUGGAAAAAACUUAUGUGGAAUUUGCCUAUGAUAAAGCUAUGUGUUUUGAGAGAUGGGUUUCUUCUAAAAAUGUAAAUGGGGACUAUGAUACAUUGAGAGAGCUGAUUUUAAUGGAGGAAUUUAAAAGAAGCAUUCCUGUUGAAGUAAGGACCUACUUAAAUGAGAAGGAUGCUGAUAAAUUGCAGGACUGUGCUAGAUUAGCUGAUGAGUAUGUUUUGAUCCAUAAGAACAAAUUUCCUCAGGGCAGAAUUUUUAAGAGGAAAAAUAACACAGAGACUCCAGGUAAAUUUGAAAUUAAAUUGGAGGUUAAUGAGAAAGUUGAUGAGAAAGGAAAGCCUGUGAAGGAAAGACAGUUUGGUCUUACUUGUAACUAUUGUAAGAAGUCUGGCCAUGUAAUAGCUAACUGUUUCAAAUUGAAAAAGAAAGAGAAGGAAGCAGUUCCAGAUGCUUGUGUGCAACAUACUGAAGCACCUGUAAAGUUACAGGGUUUGAUAAACACAAAUGAGGCUUUGUUAGAGUCUGACCAAGUUAGAAAGGGAUAUGAUCAUUUUGUAACUGAAGGGUUUGUAUCCUUGAAGGAAGGAUCUACUCUGGUGCCAAUAAAAAUCCUUAGGGAUACUGGUGCUUCUCAAUCAUUGAUGUUAGACAGUGUGUUGAAGUUUAAUGAAGAGUCUGAUACUGGUGAGGUAAAUUACAUAAGAGGUGUUGGAAGUGAUUUUAUGCCUGUACAUUUACAUAAAGUAAAUUUAAAGUCGGGGUUAGUUACUGGAUUUGUUAAAGUAGGAUUACAGCAUAGCUUACCUGUGAAGGGUAUUUCUUUAUUGUUAGGUAAUGACUUGGCAGGUGGACAAGUUUUUCCUGAAGUGCAUUUGACAAUGGAAUCAGAGGAACCAGAGUUGAAUUCUAACACAGAUUCUUCCUGUGUUGUGACUAGAGCUAUGGCUAAAAAGAUUGAUGCGCAGAAUGAGGUUGUUAUUCAGGACUGUUCGACUCAGGAUUCGAGUUUUGAGGAUGUGUCAGAGACUUUCUUAUCUUCGUUGUUUGAACAAGAUUCUGGGAGUAAGUCUGACUAUAAAGAUUUAUCUUUGUCUACGAAGGAGAUGAUAGCAGAGCAGAAUAGAGACUCUGAGAUUAUAAAAUUAAGAGAGCAGGUUUUACUAGAUAGUGAAAUUGAUAAGGUGCCAGUAGGAUAUUACUUGGAAAAAGGAGUGUUGAUGAGGAAGUGGAGAUCGCCUACAAUUCCAGCAAGUGAAGAUUGGAACGUUGUUUACCAGGUAGUUGUUCCAAAAGCUUAUCGAAAUGAGAUUUUGACUUUAGCUCAUAGUGUGCCUUUAGGUGGACAUCAAGGGGUAAGGAAAACUGUGGACAAGAUUUUAAAACAUUUUUACUGGCCUGGUCUUAGAAAAGAUGUGGCGAUGUUUUGUAAAACGUGCCAUACUUGUCAAAUUGUGGGUAAACCAAAUCAGGUUACACCAAUAGCUCCAUUCCAACCUAUCCCAGCAUUUGGUGAACCAUUUUCUAAAGUUAUUGUAGAUUGUGUUGGUCCAUUACCAAAGACAAAAACUGGUUAUCAGUAUUUGUUGACUAUCAUGUGUACUUCUUCUAGGUUUCCAGAGGCAGUACCACUUAGGAAUAUAAAAGCUAAGACUGUGACAAAGGCCCUUAUAAAUUUUUUUUUACUUAUUUUGGAUUACCUAAGGAGAUACAAACUGAUCAAGGCAGUAAUUUUAUGUCUGGAUUGUUUCAACAGAUAGUUUAUAAAUUGGGAGCUAAGCAAAUCACUUCGUCUGCAUACCAUCCAGAAUCGCAGGGUGCCUUGGAGAGGUUUCAUUCUACCCUCAAGGAUAUGAUUAGGACAUUUUGUGUGGAAAAUGAAAGUGACUGGAAUGAGGGUAUAAACUUGCUUUUAUUUGUAGUAAGGGAAUCGGUACAGGAAUCUUUAGGUUUUAGUCCAUUUGAACUUGUGUUUGGGCAUAGAGUUAGAGGACCUUUAGCUUUGUUGAAAGAACAGUGGAUUAAUAAGGAAGUACACAUUAAUUUGUUGGACUAUGUGUUGAAAUUUAAGGACAGGUUACAUAAAGCUUGUAGCUUAGCUAAGGAAAAUUUAAAGUUGGCUCAGGAGAAAAUGAAGACUUGGUAUGAUAAAGACGCUAGGAUGAGGAUGUUUAAGCCUGGAGAUAAGGUGUUGGUUCUUUUCCCAGUGCAGACAAAUCUUUUACAAGCUAGAUUUCAUGGUCCUUAUGAAAUUGUGUCUAAAAUCAAUGAUGUGGAUUACAUGGUAAGAACUCCAGAUCGUAGAAGGUCAACACAACUUUGCCAUAUAAAUAUGUUGAAACCAUAUUUUGAGAAACAAUCUGAUACUGUGACUGUUGUGGCUAGUGAGAAUGAGUUUGAUUAGGAACAUGAUAGAUGAUUCAUCUGACUUUCAUUCUAAAUCCAACAUUGUUUCUGUUAGGUUACCAAAUUCAACCAUUCUGGAAAAUAUUGAUGAAAAAUUAGCACAUUUACAGUUAGAGCAGAAACAGCAGAUGAAGGAAUUAAUUUUUAAAUAUACGGAUUUGUUUCCAGAUGUUCCGAGAAGGACUACUAUAGCUUUACAUGAUGUAGAUGUUGGGGAUGCCAAACCUAUUAAACAACAUCCAUAUAGGAUGAACAUGGAAAAAUGUGAACUUGCUGAGAAAGAAAUUGAAUAUAUGUUAGAGAAUAAUAUCAUUAGACAUUCUAACUCGAAUUGGAGUUCGCCAUGUGUUAUGGUGCCAAAGCCAGAUGGUAGUAUUAGGUUUUGUACGGAUUAUAGGAAGGUGAAUACUGUAACGAAAACAGAUGCAUAUCCAAUUCCUAGAGUAGAUGAUUGUGUAGAUAAAGUUGGAAAGGCAAAGUUCCUUACAAAGAUUGAUUUAUUGAAAGGGUAUUGGUGUGUUCCAUUAACGGACAGAGGUAGAGAGAUUUCUGCAUUUGUAACUCCAUCUGGGUUAUAUGAGUAUAAUGUUCUUCCAUUUGGGAUGAAGAAUGCCCCAGGUACUUUCCAGAGGAUGAUUAACUUUGUGAUUCAGGGAUUGAAAGAUACUGAUGCUUAUAUUGAUGAUUUAGUGACAGGAAAUGAUACUUGGGAAGCACACAUUAUUGCGAUGGAGAAAUUGUUUGAAAGGCUUUCAAAAGCUAACUUAACUAUUAAUUUAGCUAAGAGUGAAUUUGGACAUGCCACUGUGACUUAGCUUGGUUAUGUUGUGGGUCAAGGUAAGGUAGCUCCUGUUCAGGCAAAAGUUCAGGCAAUUUUAGAGAUUCCCGCUCCAACGGGGAAAAAGACUCUCAGAAGGUUUUUGGGAAUGGUAGGAUAUUAUCGGAAAUUUUGUAAGAAUUUUGCUAAUGUUGCCCUUCCAUUAACUAACCUUCUGCGGAAGAAUGAGAAGUUUGUAUGGACGGUGCCUUGUCAAGAAGCAUUUGAAAAAUUGAAAACAAUGAUAUGUCAACAACCUGUGCUUAAGGCACCUGGCUUUGGAAAACCUUUUUCAUUAGCUGUAGAUGCUAGUGAUGAGGCUGCAGGAGCAGUAUUAAUGCAAAGGAAUGAGGGUGAUGAGGUUGAUCAUCCAGUAGCUUACUUUUCUAAGAAAUUUAAUAAGCAUCAAAGAAAUUAUUCGACAAUAGAGAAAGAAUUGUUAUCUCUUGUUUUAGCUUUGGAAUAUUUUGAGGUAUAUGUUAGUACAACUCAGAAACCACUUAUUGUUUACACUGAUCAUAAUCCGUUAGUUUUUCUGAGUAAGAUGAAAAACAAAAACAUAAGAUUAUUAAAUUGGAGUUUGAUGUUACAAGAGUACAAUAUUGUGAUGACUCAUAUUAAAGGUAAAGAUAAUGUGGUUGCUGAUUGUCUAUCUCGAUGUUGAAUGUACACUAAUUUUUUUUAUGGAGUGGUUUUUUUCAAUUGUAA